ACUGUGUAGAGGUCGGCUGCAGAGGAUGAUGGGAGGUCAGGGGGACGACAGGCGGCGGCUGGAUGUCUCACAGCUCUCUGUCCACAGCAGCGAUCACAUCCUGGUCCUGGAGUCGUGGACUGCAGUCAAGAGAACCUAAAAUACCUCGCUAAGCUCCUUAUGACGCUCCAAGAGCAGCUCUCUCCUCCAGCUCUGCUCUGAAGAGAGGCCCGGCCUGACCCUGAACCCCAAACCCUGAACCAUGUAACCUGAAGCCUGAACCCUAAAAACCUGAACCCAGAACCCUAAAUACCUGAAUUCUAAAAACCUGAGCCAAGAACCGCGAAAUCUAGACCGUGACUUCUGAACCCUAAAAACCUGAACCCAGAACCUUGAACUGUGACCUCUAAACUUUGAAUCUAGCACCUUGAGUUGUGACCUUUUAAUUCAAUACCUGAACUCUAAAUUGUGAUGUCUAAACCCAGAACCCUGAACUUUGACUUCUAAACCCAGAACCAGGAACUCAAAACUCUGAAAUGUAACCUCUUCACCCAGAGCCCUGAACCUGGACCUGUGACCUUUAAACCCAGAGCCCUGAACUGUGACUUCUAAACCCUGAACUCUGACCCCAGAACCCUGACCUGUGAGCUCUGAACCCUCAACCCUGACCCCGAGCCUCCCAGACCCCGAUGGACUGGAUGUGAGGGCUAUGAUUUGAGAACCUGCUGGUUUAUGUGAUCUGACCUGGAUUAGAAGUUGAGUUUAUGCCCAGCACCAUAUUGUGAGUCAGAGCCUGAACUUCUGAACAUGGGCAGCAGAACGGCGGAGAAGAGAGGCAAGUGAAACCGGACCGGACUAAACCACCUAUGGAGGACCGACACACUGCCAAACCAUCCAUCCGUUGACUGUGGAACUUUUUAUUGACGUUUAAUUUCAGAAGCAAAUAUGUCAAACAGAGUUUUGGGGAAAAGUGUCUAAAAUGACCCACAAGACAUUGAGGAUGUAAAAAGCAUGGAGUGUUGGAUUUCAACAUGUCACUCAGUGUAAAUAUUAUACUUUCAGUUAGGGGUACUCCAGUUUUCAGCCAUGUUUCCGGCUGCUUGGACGUGAUAAAUAAAAACAGGAACUGACAUGGCGGUCGGUAAGGUGACCUUCACAAAGGUGGAGAGAGAGAAGCUAGCUGAGGUCCUCUGGCUUCUCAACUGGAUCUCUGUGCUGACGGGAGCGAUCCUCUUCGGCCUGGGCUUAUUCCUCAAAGUAGAGAUUCAGAAAUGGCAGGAAGUAAUGUCAGACCAGGGGAUCCUCUACGUGCCACAUAUGCUGAUCACCACGGGUCUGGCGGCCUGCUGCAUCAACUUCCUGGGUGGGAAGAUCUGCCUGGACUGUGCCGACACCAACAAGUUCCUGCGCUGGAAGCUGGUGAUGAUGCCAUAUGUCAUCUGCACUUUCUUCUUCACCUCCUGCGUCCUGGCGGGGGCGCUCAUGUGCUACAGCAUCCGCGGCCAGCUGGAGGAGUCACUGUUCCUGGGCCUGAGGAAUGCCAUGCGGUAUUACAAGGACACAGAUACGCCAGGCCGCUGUUACCUGAAGAAGACUCUGGACUUACUGCAGAUCCAGUUCCAGUGCUGUGGAAACACUGGGUACCGGGACUGGUUCCACGUCCAGUGGAUCAGCAACCGCUACCUGGACAUGACCAGCAGCAGCGUGGUGGACCGCCUGAGGAGUAAUGUGGAGGGGAAGUACCUGAUGGACAGCGUUCCCUUCAGCUGCUGCAGCACCUCAUCCCCUCGGCCCUGCAUCCAGCAGCAGAUCAGCAACAGAUCGGCACAUUUUAACUUCGACCAGCUGAGCCAGCAGCUAAACCUGUGGAGGAGAGGCUGCCGACAGGCUCUGAUGGAGCACUACACCGGCAUCAUGCAGUCUAUCGGUCUCACCGUGCUCCUCAUCUGGCUCUUUGAGCUGCUGGUUCUGACAGGGGUCCGUUACCUGCAGACGGCCAUGGAGAACGUUCUCCGGCUGGGUGAUCCUGACUUAGAGUCUGAUGGUUGGAUUCUGGAGAACAGCCUGGCAGAAACAGCCCGGUCCAACUUUAACAUCAUCAAGAACCUGGGGAAGUGCUACCAGGUCGAUGACGACCCCAAUAUCAACAUCCCUUCUGCCGCCGCCGAGCAGGAGGUGCCUUCCCGGCAGGUCCAGAUCCCUGUGAGCAGCUAGCAUCCAGCCUGAGGAUCGACGGACGAGCUCCAGUGACGCUCUGUUGAUCCAGAAUUCAGACUCACUUCCAGCUCCAGGAGGUUCUGAGGAGGAACUGUCCUCUGGGAGAAGUUCAAUGAGUUUCUGUCCUGAGGAGCUGAAGAAAAGCCUCAUCGAUGCCUUCUAGUUAUGAAGUAUGGAAAAAAGUACAGCUAUUGAAGGUCUGGUGCAGUAUUACUACUGCUAGUACUACUACUAACCCAGAAUUCCUACUGCUACUACCCACUAAGCAAAGACGUUCAAAAGACAUACACUGAGGAGCUGAAUGAAAGUUUUUGUGACGUCUUUUAGGCGUCUUUUGAACUUGUCUCAGUGACAUCUCACAGGGUACUGCCACCUGUUCUAUUACUGCUACUACGUUCAGCAUGUUUCCAUCCUGAGGAGCUGAAGAAAAGUUUCAUCGAUGCCUUCCACAUAUGAAGUUUGGAAAGAUGUCCAGCUGCUGCAGAGCUCUGCAGGUCUGACGCAACGUCUCUGCCUUCACAUGGAAGUAAGAAGAACUGUUUGUAAGUGUGACCAGGUUCCACAAGGGUGUUAGGACAAGCUGUUGUUAGCAUGUUAGCCAUGUUAGCUCCCGCAGUUUAUGUUUACGACCACCCCACCGUCUCCUAUUUCCUCUCUCGGCUGCAACAUGAGAACAUUUCAGCAGCCGACAUCUGGGCCACACUGCCUGCAUGAGCAGCUCAUGUGUCUUGUGUUUUUCUUCAGUGCCUGUGAUAACAGGUUAGAGGAACAACACUGCCCAUGUUGUCAGGCAUCAUCUACAGAACAGGAGUCUAGCCUAUUUUUUCAGCAUGAUACAUUUUUCAGCUAAUAUAGAGUGAAAAUGGUCUUUUAAUGAUCAUACUGACUUUUUAUCAGCCUUUACUACAGUCUCAAUGUCUCUAUCUGUCACAGACAUGAAAAAAUAUUAAUAUUUAUUUUUAAAUCAAUCUUUCCUGUUUCAGUUUCAAAAU